AUGGCCAACUCUGAUUUGGUUGAACCUCUUGCAAUUAUCGGAUUAUCCUUUCGAUUUCCCCAAAAUGUGACUACAUCAGAAAAGUUCUGGGGAUUGAUGGAUGAGAAGAAAUGCACUGCGGGAAAGGUUCCGGAAGAUCGAUUUAGCGUUGAUGCAUUCUACCACCCAAGCAACGAAAGAACGGAUACACUAAACGCACAAGAAGGGCAUUUUAUGAAUGGAGAUGUGGGAGCUUUCGACGCACCUUUCUUCUCCAUCAGUCCCGCUGAAGCUGCAGCGAUGGAUCCGCAGCAGCGAGGUAUGCUUGAAACAUCUUACCACGCACUUGAAAAUGCGGGGCUCCCACUCAAAUCAGUGGCCGGGUCCAAAACUGGAGUAUACAUCGGAUGCUUCUCAGACGAUCAUAGAAUCUUGACACUCAAAGACCCAGAGCGGCUAUCCAAGUAUGCCGGGACUGGAACAGAGAUGUCGAUCCUCGCGAAUCGACUAAGCUGGUGGUUCGAUUUCAAGGGUCCUAGUUUCAACAUUGAUAAUGCAUGUGCAAGCGGUUUGACUGCAUUCCAUUUAGCUUGUCAAUCACUCAGGAAUGGAGAGACGUCAAUGGCUCUUGUUGGCGGCAGCAACCUCAUGACCUCAAUCGAACAAUUCCUCCUUCUCUCGAAUCUUUCGAUGGUCUCGCCUUCAGGCCGUUCAUUUAGUUUUGAUCAUCGUGCCAACGGCUACGCUCGUGGUGAAGGCUACGGUGUCGUCAUCAUCAAAACACUUUCCGACGCUCUUCACAACGGUGAUUGUAUCCGCGCAGUCGUGAGAGCAACGGGAGCGAAUCAAGACGGAAAAACGCCCAGCCUGACAUCACCCAGCCAGACGUCCCAAGAAGCAUUGAUCCGAGAGACGUAUGAGCGUGCCGGCCUAAAUAUGAAGGCAACGACUUUCGUUGAGGCGCAUGGGACUGGGACGGCUAUGGGCGAUCCGAUUGAGGCUCGAGCACUUGGCAGUGUACUUGGGGCCGGAAGGAAAGCGGACGAUCCUCUUUACAUUGGCGCGGUCAAGCCAAACAUUGGGCAUCUAGAGGGCGCCAGUGGGAUCGCUGGCAUCAUUAAAACAAUCCUAACUCUUGAGCGAGGUGUUAUCUUACCAAACACAAAUUUCGAAAAACUCAACCCCGCGAUCGAUGCCAAAGCGUUGAACAUCACCUUCCCUCGAGAGUCUACGCCAUGGCCACACGACGGGUUACGACGGGCGUCCAUCAACUCCUUCGGUUUCGGUGGCUCCAAUUCGCAUACAGUUCUCGAUGACGCCUGCAAUUUCCUGAAGUCUAGAGCGCUCAAGGGACAUCACCAAUCCAUUGAUUUGGAUGGAAGAAGCGAGAGCCUUGGGCCGAUUUCUUUCCAAACUUUCACUUCCAGAUUUUCAGAUGCGACUCCCCCAAAGUUGCUCACCUGGUCUGCGUUUGACGACAACGCUCUGUCCCGACUGAUACAAGCAUUUUCACAAUACUUUGCAACCGGCCCACCUGAAGUCCUAUCAGCAUCCUAUCUCGAUGAUCUUGCUCACACACUAUCAGCUCGAAGGACCGUGCUUUCUGUAAGAAGUUUUGCGAUCGUCAAGUCGCCCGCCAAGUUACGGGAUUUAGCAAGUGCUACCUCAAGGCCGGUCAGAGGGAGACGAGUGCCUGGCUUAUCAUACGUAUUCACAGGCCAAGGCGCACAAUUCAGUCGAAUGGGUAUUGAUCUAUGCAUCUUUCCAACUUUCAGACUGAGUUUGGAGAAAUCAAAUUUAUGCUUUCGUGCGCUGGGCAGCGAGUGGGAUUUGCUCGAGGAGCUGGCGAAGCUAGAGCCGGACUCAAAUAUCCAUGAUCCAGAGUACAGUCAACCUAUAUGUACAGCACUACAGAUUGCGCUAGUAGAUCUACUGCGAAAUUUCGGUAUCGUUCCGCAAAAAGUAGUAGGCCAUUCUUCGGGCGAGAUAGCAGCUGCAUACUCAAUUGGUGCGCUCUCAUUGGCUUCCGCACUAAGAAUCUCCUUCUUCAGGGGCAGGGUCUCUGGAAAUCUUGCCAGAACCCCGAGUAUUCGAGGCGGCAUGCUAGCAGUUGGGCUGUCUGAAGCUGAAGCGACCAUCUAUUUGCACGAGUUUCAGAAGGAAUAUUCCUCUCAAGAGGCGGUCGUGGCCUGUAUCAACAGUCCCAAGAGCGUGACGCUCGCAGGUGAUGCGAUCGCCAUCAGUACACUCCAAAAGCAGCUCGAUCAAGAUGGUGUUUUCGCGCGGAAGCUCCACGUCAACGUCGCCUAUCAUUCCCCUCACGUCAAGUUAUUCUCUCAAGAAUAUCGGAAGUCCCUCAACAAUCUGGAGGCUGGUGAUUCUUACCGAGAGACAGAUGCCGUGAUGGUCUCAUCCGUCACAGGACGGCCAGUGGAACCAAGCGAACUAAUAAAAGCUGAGUAUUGGAUCAGCAAUAUGGAAUCUCCCGUAAGAUUCAUGGAAGCUGUCAGCCAAUCAGUUUUCUCCCCACACGUCUGUGACGGCUUAAGCGGUCAGCGAAUUACAAGCGACGUAUCCGACUUGCUGGAAAUUGGCCCCCAUGCUGUUCUCCAAGGGCCCGUCAAGGACACUCUAACGGCACUGAACCAAGCUAAAGCGAUCCGGUACGACUCGGUGCUCAACAAAAGGGUCGAUAGCGUAGAGUCACUGUUGAAUGUUAUGGGGCGCUUGCAUUGCCUCGGCUACCCCGUUGACCUGAUCGCGAUCAAUGGAUUAUCGGACAAGCAAAAAGACGAAACCAAAAUGCUGACCGAUCUUCCGUCAUAUCCUUUUGAUCAUUCAAAGGCCUAUUGGUAUGAGAGUCUACUAGGACGGAACUUCCGUCUCCGAAAAGAAGUUCGCCUAGAUCUACUGGGGCUACCAAUCGCGGACGGUGGUCCUCCAGAGCUAGGACGGAGGUGGCGUAAGAUCACAAGGGUGUCCGAGACACCAUGGGUACAAGAUCAUGUGAUUAGCGAGACGACUAUCUACCCUGCGGCGGGUAUGCUCUGUAUGGCCCUUGAGGCUAUUCAGCAAAUGGCUGAUCCAGCAAGGAAGAUCACGGCGUACACGAUCAGAGACGCCGAGUUUCUCGCUGCCCUUCGCUUGUCUCCUGAAAAUGAAGGAACGGAAUCACAUUUCUACGUACGACCAUUGAAAGAUGCGAGUUAUAGCGAAGAUCUAACGGCGGAGUUCAAAUUGUAUACGCUUCUUGAGGAUGUGUGGGUUGAAAACUGCCGCGGUACCAUUCAGCUUUCAUAUGGUGAGGAUGAUUUUGGCUCUGAACCAUCUCUGACGGUUCGUAACAAUAUCGCCACAUGCACACAGAGAAUCGAUCGAAGCAAUAUUUACAGCGAGUUAUUCGCUAUAGGAAUGCAGUACGGCCCAGCGUUCCAAUGCAUGGAAAACAUUUCCGUGGGGCAAAGUAAGGAUGCAUUGGCCGUCGUCCGAGCCUUCGAAUGGGUGGAGGAGCGACAGGAUCAUAUCAUCCAUCCCGUCACACUGGAUUGCAUCUUCCAUCCUACGCUAGUUGCGCUUGCGAAGGCCAUGGAAGGAAAACCGCGAACGGCUGUCCCGACGAAGCUACAAAACCUAAGGCUUUCCGGGAGAGGAAUCUGUCAUCCAGUCACUUCAAAAGUCCAAGUAUAUGCCAAGGUCGAGACACAAACUUCCAGAACUGCCACAGCUUCAUUACAUGGAGCCGAUUUUCAAGGCAAUGCUCUGAUAUCUGUGGAAUUGUUGGAGGUUACUUUUGUUGAUGACGGCAGCCAGGACGAACUUGGGACGAAUCUACAGCAUAUGUGCUACAACAUUGAUUGGAAAGCAGACAUUGACAUGCUUGAUCAAUUCACUGUAGCAGAGUACUGUCGCUCUCGUCUUGCUUUAUCUCAUCACCGAGAACCAGAUAAUCGCGUACGUUCCGCUCUCGAGAGUUUGAUGGAACUCAUGGCUUUUAAGCGUCCAGGGCUCCGGGUGCUGGAAAUCGGUGCAGGAGAAGGAUCAACCACAAAAGACGUUCUCAAGAGCACUGUGAUACGAACAGCAGAAGGCCAUGAAAUACCGGCCCUUUCCCUCUAUCAUUCCACUGAUAUCGAGCCCGGUCUCUUGAAGGCUACCAAAAAUAGAUUCAAGGACGAGAGCAUCAAGAUGGAAUUCUCGGUCCUUGACAUCAAUGAAAAUCUAACGGAUCAAGGCGUUCAAGAGGGUAUGUACGAUGUUGUCAUCUCCAACAACUUUCAGCUUUCGACCACUAGGAUAGCGAAUAUCAGAAAACUUCUCAAAAACGACGGAAAACUGGUGAUAAUCGGUGUUGCAGAGGUCGACAUGUGCAGCCGACUCCUAUGCCGAAACGGGUUCUCAGAAACGGGUAUAUUUCUCCGCGAUGACCAACACGCAGCCAAGCAAUCGAGCAGUAUCGUCAUAUUUACAGCUGCUGAGAAUAUCAAACCGGAAACAAUCUGGCCUGAUACCAUUAUCGUAGUCAAUGAGGAGACUUCGAUAGACGCCCAAAUCGCGACUACCUUACGCGAAGCACUCCAACACUCCGGAUUUCCAAUCGUAGGGACAAUACCACUUCGUAAGAUCUCUACAAUCGACUUGCAUGACAAGUUCUGCAUCUGUCUAGCAGAGUUGUCUAAACCUCUUCUGGCUGACUUGAACGAAUCUAUGUAUUUGGAGCUUCGUUCCUGGCUCUCAAAUGCCAGGGGAAUUCUCUGGGUACGAGAUAACGGCAACGACAACCCAGGCUUCCAUAUGAUCACUGGCGUUGCCCGCGUCAGUCGAUCGGAGAAUCCUGAUGUCAAAUUUGUCACGCUUGCGGUCGAUAUAUCGUCUUCAACCACAGUCAGCAACGUUCUUCGUAUAUUCCGGAAAACGAUUACAUCUUCGGUAGAUGAUAUUGAACUGGAGUACAAGGAGAUAGAUGGCUUUUUGGCAAUGAACAGGGCCAUCCCCGCUACUUACGUUGAUGAUAAUAUCCGGAGAAAUGGAGAUCCAAUGGAAAUAUGCUCUACAGCCCAAACCACGAUCCGAGCCUUGCCAGCCUACUCAUUCCCUGAACACUCCACUUACGUCCUCGCCGGGGGAUUUGGCGGUAUCGGGCCAACGAUCUGUCGCUGGAUGGCAAACAGAGGUGCCAAAAACUUCAUCGUGUUGUCUCGCUCCGGCCCCAACUCCGACGCAGCUAAGCUGUUGCUGCAAGAUCUCUCUGCGCAAGAUGUGCGGGUGGAACAUCCAACCUGUGAUAUUUCAUGCAAAGAACAAGUCAAAGCAGCAUUAGCACUAUGCGCUGCAAAACUUCCACCAAUCAAGGGAUGUAUUCAGGCAUCCUUAGUCCUCCAGGACUCCGUCUUCGAAACAAUGACCUACGAUGAAUGGAAAACCGCCAUCAACCCCCGCAUACAAGGAACGAUUAAUCUCCAUGAAGACUUGCCAAACAAUAUGGAUUUCUUUCUUCUCCUCUCCUCCAUCAACGGUAUACUAGGCGCUCGCUUCCAGGCCAACUACGCCGCCUCAAAUACGUUCCUCGACGCCUUUGCGCAUACGCAUUACAAGCAACGAGUCGUUUCGAUUGACAUGGGCUGGUACACUAACACACUCGCCUCCAACGACUUCCUGAAAAGAAGGUUUGAGGGCCUUGGAUGCGUGUACCAAGUGCCGGACUCGCAGCUGUUAGGCUUGCUUGAUUAUUACUGUGAUCCUACGAGAGUGGUUGACAUAGGGAAGUGUCAGACAAUGCUUGGUGUCGCACCUCCGUCCUACGCAAGAGCGAGGGGCAAAGAAUUCCCGGAAUUGCUGAAGAGGCCGAUAUGGAGGGUCAUGAAUGCCCUGGGUACCUCAUUCAAUACCCCCAGCCAGACAGAAACGUUGCAACAAAAGGCUCUCCCUAUUUCCACACUCCUUGCCUCCACACAAUCAGUCGCCGAAGCAGCUGAUCUUAUCUGCAAUGCCGUUUUGGGGAGGUUGGCGGUGCAAUUGGGGAUUCAAGAGGAAAUGAUUGAUAAAGAAAAUCCGUUUCAUGUGACGGGGGUUGAUUCCCUGAUGGCCGUCGAAUUAAGGACUUGGUUUAGGAGAGAGAUCGGUGUGAAUGUUAGCGUUUUUGAUAUUAUGGGAAACAGUAGUUUGUUCGGCCUGUGUGUAAGGGCGGCGGAAAAAAUGGAAUGUAAGAGGUAUUGAAGACGUUAUUUGAGGUUGGAAGCAAAUUUGCGCUCUAAUAGUUGAAAGUGGUU